AUGAGCUGUGGCACUAAAUCUUCGAGCAGUACUAUUAGAAUUAGCAGUGGUGGUGGUGGUGGUGGUGGUGGAGGAUACAGUGGUGGAGGUGGUGGAGGGGGUAGCAGCUGCGGAAUACGUAAGUCUGGUGGAUACUCCUCAGUGUCCACUAGAAAAUACACCUCUUCUGGAGGAAGCGGAGGCUUUUCUGGGAGAAGCUAUGGUGGAGGAGGUUCCAGGAGCAGCUACGGAGGGGGCUUUAGCAGCGGCAGUUGCGGAAGGAUCAGCCGCGGCAGCUAUGGUGGAAGAAUGAGUGGUGGUAGCUACGGAGGAGGAAUGAGCUGUGGCAGCAUGGGAGGAGGAUUCGGAUCUGGUGGAGGUGGCUUUGGAGGAAUGGGAGGUGGUUAUGGAUCUUGUCUUGGUGGAGGUGGUUUUGGCGGUGGUGGAUAUAGUGGAGGUGGAUUUAGUGGCUUCGGGGGCAGUGGUGGCUUUGGUGGUGGCAGCUUUGGUGGUGGCAGCUUUGGUGGUGGUGGUGGCUACGGUGGAGGUAGUUUUGGUGGAAUGGGGUUUGGUGAAGAUUCCGGCUUGCUCUCCACAAACGAGAAGCUGACCAUGCAGAACCUUAACGAUCGCCUGGCUUCCUACAUGGAUAAAGUGCGACGCUUGGAGGAAGAAAAUAGUCAACUUGAACAACUGAUCAGGGAGUGGUAUAAAAACCAAGGUCCCACUUCUGUCAGGGACUACAGCCAAUACUACAGAACAAUUGAAGAACUGCAGAACCAGAUUGUUGGUGCAAAUGUGGACCUUAACAAGAUCCUCCUUGACAUUGACAACACCAGAAUGACGGUGGAUGACUUCAGACUGAAAUAUGAAACUGAAUAUACUCUCCACCAGAGUGUGGCAAGUGAUAUUAAUGGAUUACGUCCACUUUUGGACCAACUGACUCUAGCCAGAUCUGACCUGGAGACACAGUUUGAGUCCCUGAAAGAGGAACUGAUCUAUCUGAAGAAGAACCACGAAGAGGAAAUGAAAGGACUGCAAACACAGUCUAGUGGAGAUGUCAGUGUGGAGGUCAACGCUACUCCUGGCAUUAAUCUGAUGGAAAAACUGAACGAAAUGCGUAGUGAAUACGAACGGCUUAUUGAGAACAACCGGAGAGAGGUGGAAAGCUGGUAUGAAACCAAGAUGGAAGAAGUGAAUCAACAAGUCCACUCGAGUGGCCAGGAGAUACAAUCCAGCAACCAACAGAUCUCUGAGCUGAGACGUGAAUAUCAAAGCCUGGAAAUCGAGCUGCAGUCACAGAUCAGCAUGAUAGACUCUUUGCAAUCCAACUUGGAAGACACCGAACGUCGCUAUAACAUGCAGCUGCAGCAGAUCCAGAGCAUGAUCGGCCCCUUGGAGGAGGAGCUGGCCAGUAUCCGCUGUGAGAUGGAGAGUCAGAACCAGGAGUACAAGAUGCUCCUGGGCAUCAAGACCCGCCUGGAGCAGGAGAUCGCUCAGUACCGGGCUCUGCUGGAAGAGGGACAGCAAGACAUUGUAGUCCCAUCCGGAGGAAUGGGAGGAGGCAUGGGAGGAGGCAUGGGAGGAGGCAUGGGAGGUGGUAGAACAGGAGGUGGCAGCUACUCUUCUGGAGGAGGAAGAGGAGGAAGUGGCAGCAUGAGUGGUAGCUAUGGAGGUGGCAUGUCCUCUGGAGGAAUGGGAGGAGGAAGCUGCGGAGGAGGAAUGGGAGGAGGAAGCGGAGGAAUGGGAGGAGGAAGCGGAGGAAUAGGAGGAGGAAGUGGAGGAAUAGGAGGGGGAAGCGGUGGCUGCAGCAGCGUCGUUGGAGGAGGAGGAAGGGUCUCAGGAGGCAUGAGCGGUUCCCACUCCUACUCUUCGUCUUCCCAGUCUCAGUCUUGCAGGACUGGUGGUGAAAGCCAAGGGUACGGAAGAAAAUCUUUUGACUAAGAAUAUACAUGGAGGAUCCUACAGUGCAUGACCUCUCAAACAGAAAGUGGCCCAAACGCUCUGCAUCCCCCCGCUGCCGAGGACAGACAGAUGCUCUGAGCAGUUCCUCGAUGUCGCUGAUGCUGCUGAUCUGUCCCCAAGGGCCCGUCUGAGCCGCUCCGAUGGGCCGCCCGCCUCCCCGCACGCUCCGCACCUCCUCUGCCUGGCACCUUCGGGGCUUCAGGCACUGGCACCUCAACUAUUGCUUUACGGAGUCAACCUGUUUGUUACUCGGGUUGGUCUGUGUCAGGAAAAUGUCGCUAAUAAACUUCAUCUCUGUCUCAUGCAA